UGAAGUUUAACAACCGUUCGCAAGUGUAUUCAGAGUUACACGUUCGCUGUGAAGGAACGAAUGAAUAUCAAGCUUAUCUAGACGAACAUGCAACCUCGCCCUCAUAUUGUUGUCAUUCACAUGUAGAUAACUUGCUAACCAGACUACAAGAGAUUAUCCAGACACGAAAACAACACAUUUAGUUGAACUAUAACCAGGGAGAGAACAUUAAGAGGAAUGUCAUCAUGACAGCCUGAAAACGGCACAUUUCUCGCGUGGUGGCAUCUAGCACUGCCACCUUCAAGGACGGGUAUCAAGGACCGAAAAGCCUGUGUCUCGUACGUUCAUGACGCGUACGUUCCUGACACACCACGUGAAAGCACUCCGCCUCACCACCAGUUGUUAGCUGUGAGCACUAGCUCUUUGUGCUAUUUUUUACAAUGAACGCAGCCUUGGAAAACGAGAUCACGUGCGGCGUGUGUAGUGAGGUUUACUCGUCGGAGUCAGGUCGCGAGCCCGUGAUGCUGCCCGAGUGCGGUCACACCUUCUGCAGGGAUUGCCUCCUCAACCUACAGUCGACUUCUCUUGUUUGCCCGAACUGCAGGCAAAACCACUAUAGUGUGAGCGUUGAGGAUUUGCCGGUGAAUUUCGCUCAGCUGGGCAUAGCCGUCGCCCUGUCAAAUAUUCAGAAAAGCAAAGAGCAAGGGCAGUGCAGCAAGCAUAGCCUACCACUAGAUCUGUGGUGUUCAGUUUCCCAGAGAGAGAUAUGCGCGAUGUGUUACUUCGAGGAAACGAAACAGACACAGCAACGGGUUCUAACGCUCGCCGAAAGGAGGCAGUUCACCGUGGACGCCAUCAGACAGAAGUCGCUUAUCCUGAGCCAGCUGUACACGACGCUAAAACACUGCUUAACCAGUGACAGCGAAAGCACGUGUCAAAACAGCUACGCCAAGAAGCUCAACGAUAUUCUUCGAGGGGAGGAGCUGGGCAUCCUUCCUUCCUCAAGCAUCGACAAAAAGCUAGAUGGACUGAAGAAGAUGAUAUUUCCCACGGACCGAGAGAGGAGGAGCGGUGCCGGCAGCAGCAGGGAAAGCAGACAGGAAAUAGAGAGGCCUGAUAAGAGGAAGCUUCGGUGUGUGGCAAAGUGCGACAAGGGCAGGAAAGCACGGCUGACGUGGGAGGAGGAUCAGCUUCAUAUCUAUACUCUGUGUGUGGACCCCGAGGAGGCGCACAUCACUUUGAACAUGAGCGACGUCCGCCUCCUCGUCCCCCAGGAAAACCCCACAGUGUUCCUGGACGUGGCCGACAGGGACGGACCCAUCGGCCGCAUCAACAUCAAGGUGUGGACCCACCUCCGUCGCGGCCAGCAGUUCCUCGCCCUGUGCCAGGGACACCUCGGGCCAACGCUGAAGGGCUCGGCGUUCCUGGACGUCACCGAGACCGCCGGAAUCGACUGCCUUCGCGCCGGACGCUACCUGACGGAGAACGGCACGAGCUCCCACGCCCUGAUGGAUCGUCUGGAGUGGAACGAGGGUCACGAGCGGCCGGGACGAAAGGGCCUGGUGGCUGGCUGGAGCUUCAGGAAGGCGGAGGACGAGACCCUGUUCGGCAUAGCGCUGGGGGAAUGUCAUGUCAAGUUCUGCUGUCCUUUCGGCGAGGUUGUGUCCGGCUUGUCCAUCGUGGAGGACAUUGCCUACAAUCGCACGGUGAGGGACGUGACCAUCGUGGAGGUGGGGACGGCGGUGCGCGACUUUGCGGCGAACUGAAACCGGAGGGCGAAGUGUCUGGGACAGCUGCCGAGGGAAGGAAAGAAAAGCGUGGCUGCCUGUGGCUUCUUUUUUAUUGCUGUUUUCCCCAUUUGUGAUAAAGUGAUUUCAUGAGUGAAUUCAUUUAAAAUGUUUUUUUUAAAGCUCAGUUUUCUCUGUUGCAUUGCAUUAGCUUUAUGAUUAAUGUGAAUGUAUGAGUUUUAUACAAUAUAUAUAUAUAUAUAUACACAUAUAUAUGUGUAUAUAUAUACAUACAUACAUACAUACACACACACAUAUACAUACAUAUAUGUACACAGAAAUGAGAUCUGCCUGCCUACAAAGUGACUUUGAAAUUUAAUUUUAGAAUAUUUUAUUUUCAGAUACAAAUUUAAAUAUAACAAAUAAACUUGUAUAAUAUUC